CAGCUGUCAGAUGGCUGGGUAUUCUUUGCUGUGAAAGUGAGGCUGACUCCUGGGAUCCCAUUGAUCAUCCUCUGCUCCCUGCUCCUGCUUUCCCCUCAUCCCAUCACUGCUGUCAGAGGUGUGGACAGACAAGCUGCUUCUCAGCCUCAGCAAAGUAAAGGAGCAAACAAUGGCGGCUGGGGAGGGGAGGGAGGAGACAGAAGCAGACAAGGAGGAGAUGAAUUCAGACUCCUUCUUCGCAGAGAACCAUGAGAGGAAAGCCAUGGUCGAAGGCCUUCAGGUCACGGUGCCUGACAAGAAGAAAGUGGCCAUGCUCUUCCAGCCCACUGUGCUUCGCUGCCACUUCUCAACAUCCUCCCAUCAGCCUGCAGUCGUGCAGUGGAAGUUCAAGUCCUACUGCCAAGAUCGCAUGGGAGAAUCCUUGGGCAUGUCCUCUACCCGGGCCCAAUCUCUCAGCAAGAGAAACCUGGAAUGGGACCCCUACUUGGAUUGUUUAGACAGCAGGAGGACUGUUCGAGUAGUAGCUUCAAAACAGGGCUCGACUGUCACCCUGGGAGAUUUCUACAGGGGCAGAGAGAUCACGAUUGUUCAUGAUGCAGAUCUUCAAAUUGGAAAGCUUAUGUGGGGAGACAGCGGACUCUAUUACUGUAUUAUCACCACCCCAGAUGACCUGGAGGGGAAAAAUGAGGACUCAGUGGAACUGCUGGUGUUGGGCAGGACAGGGCUGCUUGCUGAUCUCUUGCCCAGUUUUGCUGUGGAGAUUAUGCCAGAGUGGGUGUUUGUUGGCCUGGUGCUCCUGGGCGUCUUCCUCUUCUUCGUCCUGGUGGGGAUCUGCUGGUGCCAGUGCUGCCCUCACAGCUGCUGCUGCUAUGUCCGCUGUCCAUGCUGCCCAGAGUCCUGCUGCUGCCCUCAAGCCUUGUAUGAAGCAGGGAAAGCAGCAAAGGCCGGGUACCCUCCCUCUGUCUCCGGUGUCCCUGGCCCUUACUCCAUCCCCUCUGUCCCUUUGGGAGGAGCCCCCUCAUCUGGCAUGCUGAUGGACAAGCCGCAUCCACCUCCCUUGGCACCAAGUGACUCCACUGGAGGAAGCCACAGUGUUCGCAAAGGUUACCGGAUCCAGACUGACAAAGAGAGAGACUCCAUGAAGGUCCUGUACUAUGUUGAGAAGGAGCUGGCUCAGUUUGAUCCAGCCAGAAGGAUGAGAGGCAGAUAUAACAACACCAUCUCAGAACUCAGUUCCCUACAUGAGGAGGACAGCAAUUUCCGCCAAUCUUUCCGUCAGAUGAGAAGCAAACAGUUCCCUGUGUCUGGGGACUUGGAGAGCAAUCCUGACUACUGGUCAGGUGUCAUGGGAGGCAGCAGUGGGGCAAGCCGCGGGCCCUCAGCCAUGGAGUAUAACAAAGAGGAUCGAGAGAGCUUCAGGCACAGCCAGCCACGCUCCAAAUCCGAGAUGCUGUCACGGAAGAACUUCGCCACGGGGGUGCCGGCCGUUUCCAUGGACGAGCUGGCAGCCUUCGCUGAUUCCUACGGCCAGCGGCCCCGCCGGGCCGACGGCAACAGCCACGAGGCGCGGGGCGGGAGCCGCUUCGAGCGCUCGGAGUCCCGGGCGCACGGCGGCUUCUACCAGGACGACUCCCUGGAGGAGUACUACGGCCAGCGCAGCCGCAGCCGCGAGCCCCUGACCGACACCGACCGCGGCUGGGCCUUCAGCCCCGCGCGCCGCAGACCCACCGAGGACGCGCACCUGCCGCGGCUUGUGAGCCGCACGCCGGGCACUGCGCCCAAAUACGACCACUCGUACCUGGGCGGUGCACGGGAGCGGCAGCCGCGGCCCGAGGGCGCCAGCCGAGGCGGCAGCCUGGAGACGCCGUCCAAACGGAGUGCGCAGCUCGGCCCGCGCAGCGCCUCCUACUAUGCGUGGUCGCCGCCCGGCACCUACAAGGCCGGCUCGUCGCAGGACGACCAGGAGGACGCGUCCGACGACGCGCUGCCGCCCUACAGCGAGCUGGAGUUGACCCGCGGCCCAUCCUACCGUGGCCGCGACCUGCCCUACCACAGCAACUCGGAGAAGAGGAGGAAAAAGGAGCCCGCCAAGAAAACCAAUGACUUUCCAACCAGGAUGUCCCUUGUGGUCUGAUGUUGUCAACAUUUCUCUGGAUGACGAGAAAUCAGACAUGGACUAUGGAGACAAGACACAAAUCCAAGAGCCAGCAGACCUGGGACCUUCUCUGGCCAUCACCUUGGAAGAUUUGCUGAUCUCUGCUUUGGCAAGGGAUGGGAGGCAGCCUUUAAGGGAGGCUGAUUUCAAACCUCUGUGCCCAUCUAACUAGUUUGAGAAACUUACCAAGAAAGCAAGAAUGUGCGAGAACAUUCCUACAUACAGAGUUUCUCAACUAUAGCGUUUAUCCUGCCCAACCUCCUCCCUUAACAGAACCAGGACUCCAUUUACAAUUCUGAAAGAGAGUUUGCUCUGGACUGCUAAUCUCCAGAAAUUGCCUAUGCCUACAGUAUGCUUUUCUAUACCUCCUGUGCUAUACUUAGAGACAGAAGAAUUUAUUACUACUAUUAGAAGAAGACCUUCUGCUGACAAGGAAAGACAGCUUCAAGUCAAAAUAUACCUUUUAUCCCCAUCACUUUCCAGUCACUAGUCAAUGACUGUUGUUACACUAAAAUCAAAAGGCCUUUGGUGAGCUCAGUGACAGUGACCUCUGGUACAAUCACAGAAAUGACUUCAAUUUGCUGUUCUGAAUGACAAUUCUUAAGUGGCUAGGACAAAGCAAAAGCGAGUAUACCUUUUUGAAAAGCUGUCUAAGUGGUAUUUCCUUUUCCAUUCUGAGAAUGUAAACUGCUUUUUCCUUUUCUGCUGCACAUGUCAACAUCUGAGUCUUAGACAUUAAGGGCUCUUCUCUUCCUCCCCUCUCCUGGACCUUCCACAGGUUGGUGCCACACACAGAGCCCUGCCUCCCUCUGCACUCGGAUUAGAUUGUCAUCGGGUGCCUUGUGAUAAAUGCUUAAAAUAUACGCAUGAAACAGAAGAGUGAGAAAAGAGGAGAAAGCAGAAUGCAUAUAGAAAAGAAUGAGAAGGAAUUUAAGAGGGAAAUAACAUCGUCUCAUAUUUUGAAUGUGGACCAUUUCACUCACAAACUUCACUCAAUCUUUUCUGGUUUUGUGCUUCACAUACGAUUAAUUGUUUCUGCCAUCCCAGUUCUGCCAUUCUAGGACAUAGGGGAUGUGGAACAUACAGCAUUUGGCCUGACUAGACUGCCACUAUGGCCACUUUCAAGAGAUUAGAGAUACUGCUUUCUCAGGAAGGAGUACUUCCUAUUCCCACCCUUGCCUAAAUGAUAGAGUUUGCCUAAAUUCCAAAGCUAGAUUUCUGGAUUUUGUCAUUUGUGUAGAUAGCAAAAAUGGCCACAACUUCCUUCUCAUCAAGAGGUGCCGUCUUUUUUUCCUACCCCUUGAAUCUGGAGUUGGCUGUGUGAUUUGAUUUAGCCAGUAGCCCAACAAAUGUGACACAAACAGAGACUUGAAAAGUUCUUGUGCAUGGGGCUUGUCCUCUUUUGCUGCCCUUGGGAACCUUGCAACUACCACCAGGUGAACAAGCCUGGACUAUCCUGCUGCAUGACAAAAGAAAAGGGCCCAGUUACCCUGUCACCCUAUCUGACAGCCCAUCAAUUUUCAGCUGAUUGCAGAUAUAUGAGUGAGUCCAGCUAAUACCAACAGAAGAACUGCCUAGCUGAACCCAGCCCAAAUUUCUGAUUCCUACUCAAGGCAUGAGAAGUUGAUGCAUUCUUUAUGUUAAUUUCUCUUCAAGAACAAACCUGACUCAUUCUUGUCUGAAUGUUUAUCCAUUAACCCCUUACUCCAUCCAAACUUGUGUUUCUCAUAGCCUCCGCUUUUGUUGACAGAUUUUUAUCAAAACUUUUCACCUUGCACUCUUGUGGGGUACAUGUUUGGGUCAAAUCCAUGGAGGAUAAUGCUUGACUUUGCUAUCCCUUAAUCCAGCAGUGGUUUCUUCCCUGUCUAUGGAUCUGUGGACAACCUCUGAAGAAGGUCUCUUCUUUAACAUCUUUUUGGUCUUCUCCAGAGCCACCUUACUGGAGCUAGACCCUAUUCUCAGAGUACUAUUCCUCUAGUAUCCAUUUGUACUUCAUGACAUUUCCAAAAAACAUCCUUUGUUUGCAAUGAAAUAAAAAAGUGGCUGGGUGAGGGUCGGAGGGAUGAGCUGGUAUGUGUCAUUGCUUGGAGAAUUGACCUACGAAAGAAUUUCCCUGUUGCUUUGGCCAGUCCCAGAGAAAUCAGGAAAACAGUUGAACCCAGUGCUGGUACUUCCAAGGGCUGGAAGACACAAGCCAUAACCCUGGUGCUGAGUUUUAGACUUGCUGGUGUCCCUGGCCUCUGAAAGCCUAGGUCUAGCCUGUGUGUUUGGACCCCAGUUCGGAUGGAAAAGAUGAUAAAAAACAUUUCUUAGUCACCAGCUUUGGAUUUCAACUUGCUCAGGCAAUUUUGGAGAAUAUUGGGUAGCUGUGGUAGCUAUUACUGCUUUAUACUGAGCACUGUGUCAGGCUUGUCACCACCAAAGAGCCUCAUAGCACCAGCUGCAGAGACCAAAAAUAAUGUUUUUUUAAAAAACUAAAGACGUAUGAUUUUGGUGAAGGUUAAGGGUAACAAUGGGAAAGAAUUAAAGAAUUAUUAAAAUUGGAAACCUGCAAUUCCAAAGACAACAAAACUAUGGAUAGACGGAAAAAUACAAAGAAAAUAGCAGGCUACUGAAUUAACCUUGGGAGUUGGGACCAGGUUGUCCUUUGUAGAACUGCAUAAAUCAUUCAGACUUCCAGGCCUUCAGUAGGAGAAAAAGGCAGUUGUUUCUGGGUAUAUGGACAGGAGUUAAGGCUGAGUUGACAAAUCAAAGCUUGCUGUCCUCAGCACCCCUGACGUUCCUCUAUGUGUCCUUUUGUUUCUUCUCCCUUGAAUAGUGUGUCCUGCAUAGGAAAUAGUUAUAUUUGUUAGCUUCUUUCCUAGGUUUUAUUGGGGUACAAAGUAAAUCUUGUGUAAGACGUAAUCUCUGUCCACUAGGACCCUGUAAUUUAAUAGGGGAAAUAAGACAUGCUCAAGAAAGGAGAUUUUAUACAUAGAGUAUGAAAUAGUGCUAUGGAUAAAUUAUAAUAAACCCAGAGAUUUAGUUUUUUAAAAAACUUAAAUGGGAAUACCUUGAUAUUAAAGUGUUGUAUGUGUUUGUCCAUCAUCCUAUUUAAAUAUAUGCUCGGUGAUCUGAAAAGCCAAUAUUCAAAAGUCUGAACUGAAAAGAGGUGAAUUAGGAUCAGGAAAGGGUGAGCAGCAGGGGUCCCAGAGGGAUGAUGCAUAAGCUGCUGUACUUGCCUAUGAGUCACUACUGAGUCAGGAACAUGCUGGAGGAGGGAGUGUGGAUGCAGGUGGCAAGGAGGUGUCCCCUGGUAGAUGAGCUGCUUCUCUAGGCCAUGCAUGGAUUCAUUAGGAAGUUGGAGACAAUGGCCAUGGACUUGGCGCAUGUCAGCUAUUCCAUCCGAGCAUGCUCACAGGGGAGCUCAGCGUCAGCUGCUCCUGGGGCUCAGGUUCCAUCUUUGCCAACACAGGGCAGGUCUCACAGAGAUGCUAGGUCUCUCAUCCCCCUUCUCAUUAUCCUCACUGUGCACUUGACAUAGGAUUAGGCAUACUGAAGAUGGGAAAAGGCUGCCACCCAAACCCAAGGCACCUGACCACAUCUGUAAAUAUUUGUGAAUAGUCCACAAAAUUUCUCCAUAGGUAAUCUGAUUAGAUCUUGCCUCUGAGGGAAGCUGAAGUCACAGAUAUUGUUGUAAUUUACUACCCCCCCCCCCCCACCCAAUUUUUUUUUAAUAGGUGAAGAAACCAUCACUGCCAUUAAUGAAGUCACAAACCUAUUAGGUCUUUAGACUCCCAACCUCUGGAUCUUUUCUGCUGAUCAAUGUUUCCCAAAAUUGCCUAACCAUAAGAAUUAACUUGAUUGCUGCUGUUAAAAAAGUAUUGUUGGACCCUGCCUUGGAGAUUGACUGGGUGGGUCUAGAGCCAGACUUCAUAUUUUUAAUAUGCAUUCCAGGAGACUCCUGAGAUCAGAUGCAUUUGGAAAUUGUUGCACUAAGUCAUACCUCUGGUGUACUCCAAACAGCUAGUCCUGAGGCUUCCUUGGGCCUUAAAUUUUUUUCCUUCAAAUGUCCUGGUGAGGUCCCUCUCACUCCUUUGGGGCUGGCUGUGGUGAGUCUCUCAGAAGUCUGGCUGUGACAUGGAUGGGCUCACCAGAGUAUGGUGGUGGUAGUGGGAAAACAGGCAGAGAGAAAGGAGUGUCAGGAGCACUCCCAGGGAGCCUGUUGUAGAUAUUUCCAUUCCCAGAAUAGUGAUCUAUUUUGACAGUCUCAGAACAGACAACAAGAAUUACAGGUAAUUUUCUCAUUCCCUUGAUAUAUUUUUAGCAAAACUUAAAUCAUGAAUAGAAAGAAAAGAUGCCAUUAGGGAAAUGGAAAAACUCAAUCAUUUUAUAAAGCAUACAAAGUAUAAGGAUGACUGGCCAAUAGCACUUCCACUUUGGUCUUACCCAAAGUUGGGUGGACAAGAAUAAUAAAAGUCCUCAUUAUAUAUCCUUCCAAAAUCAGAUUUAAAUGCCUCCAGCAUGUUAAUGGAAGUCUGAAAUUGAUUGAUAGGAUGUAGAAAUUCAAAUUCACUAAAAUAGGGGGCAGUUACUUAAAGUCCUAGAAGGAAAAAGUGCCUGGCUUUUUGCUGCCAGUAUCCUACCUCCUAGUCAUCUGGUAAACUGAUCUGUGAAGCUUGAAGAAGGGGCUUUUAACAUCAGAGUGGCACAAGGGCAAUGUUGCGCUGCUUUAAGCAGCAGCCUGAGCUUUAGCACUAUUUGAAGGGGAGAAGGUUAAUACUAAUAAUAUUUGUGUUAUUUUUAUGGUAUAUUACUGUUUACAGAACACUUUCAUUUCAUCCCAGCAUCAACUUCUGUGAUAGAGGCAGGGCAGAUGUUGUGGUCUCAUUACACAGAAUGUAAAACUGAGGUUGAAAAAUACUAAGUGACUUGUCCGUAGUCAAAUGGUUUUUAAAAUUAUAAAGCCAGGCUUUCUGACUGUCUUGUCUAGGGAUCUUUGCAAUUCCUUAAAUACCCAUGGGACUGGAAUCUGGAUAUUCCAGAUUCCAGUUUCUCUUCACAGCCAGACAUCCGGUGAGAAGAGUCGUAGACUUGAUGCUUGUUCAUAUGUCAUGGAUGUGGUGAAGCUGUAUGAAGACAGACACUGUUGCUGCUUCAUCCAGCUAAGCACCAUACAUUCCUCAAAUGCUAAUCUGAGAGGGAGUUGUGGCUUCACUCAAGGAGAGUUUCAUUUUCUUUUUCUUUUCUUUCUUUCUUUUUUUUUUUUUUUGAGACAGGGUCUUGCUCUGUGGCCCAUGCUACAGUGCAGUGCAGUGGUGGUAUCAGCUCACUGCAGUCUCAAACUCCUGGGCUCAAGCAAUCCUCCUCCCUCAGCCUCCCAAGUAGGUAGGACUACAGGUAUGUGCCACCAUGUCCAGCUAAUUUUUUUGUUUGUAGAGAUGGGGUCUAGCUAUGUUUCCCAGGCUUGUCUCAAACUCCUGGCCUCAAGUGAUCCUCCCACCUUGGCUGCCUAAAGUGCUGGUAUUGCAGACAUGAGCCACUGAACCAAGCUGAGAGCCUCAUUUUCAUUAGCUGUGCUAUGAGGGGUAAUAUGUGCUUUAGGUUUUCUGGGGAAUCCUUGCAGAGAAGUUUCUAAGUGAAACCACAGAUUCAUCUGGAUUCAGAAUUCCGGGCAGAAGCUGCUUAACAACAAAAAUCUGGCAUCUUCACUACAUUUUAAGAUUUUAGGUAGAACUAAGAGGGAUCAUAUAUAGAGAGAUAAGGAAUGUGAGAAGGAAAAAGAUAUAGUAGUUUAGCUAAAUUUUUCUUAGAGUUUCUUGGUAGGGCUGGACAUGUAGUAACUAGUCUGACUCAUUUCUUCUGGGAAGGCUAAAAGAGACACAAAUAGCUUCUCUUUUACCUUGGCUUUAAGGAAAAGCCAUUUUAUUAAUGAAAGUAUUAGACACCACUGCAUAAGAAAUUUGCUUUGUGAGAAUAAAGAACAAGGGAAUAGAAGGGUGGGAAAGAGAAGGGUGAGUAAUUAGCUUCGUGAGGGCCACCUGUCAGUUGUUUUUGUGCCUUGUGACAUCAAAACUGAAAUUUUGUAUUACUGUUGUCCAUGACCUUUUUUUGUGUGUGUCAGACAUACAAAUUGAAUUUGGUUGUAAUGUUUUAAACUAAAUAAAGAAUUCUUACCUACAUUUGUUACCAAGAACUCAUAAUUAACACAACUAUAGUUAAUCAUGAUCUGACAUUCAAUGGCCUCAGCAAGAGAAAGAAUCAUAUGAUACAUGUCCUCCUCUGUUGUAAGUACGGUAAAGAGGAAUACAUAUUGUGAGGUUACAGAGGGGGCUGGUACUGACAGAGCAAAAGGUAUGUUUUUAUAGAUUAUAAUAAGCUAGAUAAAUUCUGUUGUCACUGCUCUCCACAGACUGUGUAACAUUCAGAAGGAGAUGAGGAGUAGGAAAGGUGGUUGGAUAACCAAGGUGAUGGUACCUAGCUCAUUUCCAAGAUGGGCACAAGCAUGUGCCUGCUAGAAAUUACACUUGGGGAAGGCAGGAAGGAAGCUAUUCAUGGGAGGACAUUUUAAGUUCUGUAAAGAUUUGAGAAAUUCCACAGCACCAUAAUUAAGAGGAGGUAAUUAAAAACCUUUGUUAGCAAAAUAAUUGAUAAAUAUCUCAGAGAACUACUAAUCCUGUUUUGGAUGGCUAAGCCCUGUCAAGGGAAUUCCAGAUUUUAGGGGCCUUGUCAAGCAGAAAAUCUGUUUUUGCUUGAAGCAUCUGGGCUCAAUUUUUUUCUUUAAGUAGUUAACUUAAAAAUGUUAACAUGUAGAUUUAACUUACAGACAGACUCUGAAACAGUUUAAGUCUGAUUACCUCCUCUGGAUUUUGUAUUAUUUUGUCUAAUGUUUUAAUUCCAUCUUGGUUUUUCAGCUUUAUAAAAUAUUUUUGUUUUUAUUUAUAAAGUAUUUGUUUAGAAUCACCCACAUGUUUUUUCUGCACAUUUUUUCCCCCUAUAUUUCAGAUCUUCCUUUUGAAAUAUUUUCUUUCUGAAGGAAGUUUACUUCAGUAAUGAUUUGUUGGUAGGAUACUUAUCAGUCUUUGUUGAUUUAAAAGUCUUUAUUUCAUUCUUGUUAUUGAAAGAUAAUUUCACUGGUUAUGAUUCUAGAUUGAUAGUUAUUUUCUUUCAGGAUAUUGAAGUUAUUAUUACACUCCCUUCUGACUUUUAGUUUUGCUUUUGAGAAGUCAAUUAAUUACCAGUUUAAUUAUCCUUCCUAAUCUGUCUUAUCUCUCUGGCUGUUUUAAAUUUUUUUUUUUGUCUCUAGUGUUCUUUGGUUUAAUUAACAUGUGACCAGGUGUGGAUUUCUUUUUAUUUAUCCAGAUUAGGAUUUGUGGUGUUUCCUAAAUCCGUGGAUUGGACUUCCCAUUAAAUAUGGAGAACUCUCAGCUAUUAACACCUCAAAUAUUUCCCCUUCUUUUUAAACUCUCUCUUGAGAAUUCUAAUUGUUAGAUUUUUUUUCAUUCUAUUCCCCAUAUUGUUUAAUCUAUAUUUUGUAUUUCCUUUCUUUGUGUCUUCUGUUCCCUAUUCAGGUAAAUUUCUUCAGGUUUAUCUUCCAGCUCACUAAUUUUCUUUUCAGCUACCUCUAAUCUCCUUUCUUUGAGUUUUAAUUUUAAUUAAUAUAUAUUUCAUUUCUAGGAGUUUAGUUCUUUUUCAAAUCUGCAUAGUCCCUGCUGAUAGUGUCUGUGGCUUACUCUUUUUUUUUUUUUUUUUUACAAUGCCCCUUAUUUGAAUAUCUUAAAGAUACUAACUUAAAAUUUUACAUCCAGUAAUUCCAAUAUCUACAGUCUUUAUGGGUCUAAUUUAAGAGUUUGUUACUUCUGCUAACUUUAAUUCACAGUUUUUUGUUUCUUUAUGGGUUUUAUAGUUUUUUAUUGUAAGCUCAUGUGUGGUGCAAUGCCAUAUCACAUUGUGCCGUCAAGAAAAACCUUUCUUGCUCCUUAUCUGCCUUCCGUUUCUCCAUGAUGACUCUAUAGAUACACAACAACCCUGGGGGACCCAGGAAAAAUGAAUGAUUGAGUAAAGGAGAAUUAAGUGUGCUAAAUGGGAAAAAAUGAAAAAGGCACACAUACAUGCAUUUCUUUCUAAUGCAACCUCUAGACUGCAAACAAAAACUUAAGAUGGGGAGGGCAAGAGGCUUUAACUUUACAUAUUCUUUAGAGUUUGAUAAUAUAAGAGAAUAGCUGUCUUAAUUAUAGACAUAGACUAUUUUAGGGUUUAAAAGUGAACAGAAGGCUCUUAAUUGUUAAGAGUGGCCAAAUAAAUUAUAGAUACAGAUUUCAUUCAAGAGGCAAGGAACGCUGGGCACUGUGGCUCACACCUGAAAUCCCAACAGUUAGGGAGACAAAGGUGGGAGGAUAGCUUGAGUCAGGAGUUCAAGACCUGCCUGGGCAGUAUAGCAAGACCCCAUCCUCCACACAAAGGUAAAAAUUUAAAAAGGCAAAAUAAAAAAGCAAGGAAGGACUAGACUCAUAGGAUGGAUUAAAAUUAGGCAAAACAAAUAAUUCAUUUUUCCCUAUGAUUAUCUAAUUCUAAUCCAAUUUUUAUACGUUUUAAUUUCAAGAAAUAAGAAGUAGGCUAAUUUCAGGUUCUCUUAGAAAAUCUUGGCAGAGACAUCCUAAUCAUACUCAUCAUACCACUUAGGUGAAAAUUAUAUUUUCUGCUGAAUUGGUUAUAAGCAUUUCCUGAAUGCUUAUCAGGUGGCCUAAGAUGACUCACCAAAAACGGCAUGAGGUGUAGAAGUAGCUAGGAAGUUGCUCAGAGGUGAGUGAGUUAGUCUGACACGCCAUCUAGUGGCACACGUCCAAGAGAAUGACUAUUGCUAACCUUCCAGUAUUGGGUGGAGGUGUGCCUGACAUUAGUUAAGGGAUGUGUUUUUGAAAAGCUACAUAUGAAUUUAUAUAGCUUAUUUUAAUGCUAUAAAGGAAUUUUUAUAUAUGAAUUUGUUUUUUGAAAAACAAAUUAAGUGAAUUAGGAGUUCUUUCUUUAAAAGUGAUAUGUUUUUCUUACACUUUGCAAGUUUAGAACUUGCCAUAUUAUGUUUUUGAGGCAGGCUUCUGUGGGUAUAAUGUGGGGGAAACUAUGAGGUUUUUGCUUGGGAUCAAGUGAGAUUCAGGUACAUGCCUUUUGUAAUUUAAAGCUAUUUUAAAGUGUGCUUUUAACACCAUUGAAUUACAAUUGCUUUCUGAAGUCAGGUCAAGACGCUGAUUCUGCAGAAUUAUGGUGAAGUCAGUUUCUGUUUAACAAGCAAAAACUAUGUCAUCAAACUGUACAACCAAAGGACCUAAAUAGUCCAUUCCCUAGUCUUCAGCUGUACAGAGAUGAAUCAAUCUCUCUGUCUCUUGUUCUCUCACUGUCUCUAAAAAACAAGCAGAGGAGAAAAUUCCAGAGUCUUAUGUUAAAACACUUUACUUUUUUUAAAAAAACAAUCCUUGCUCUCUGGAGAUAUUUUCUCAUGUUUUGUUACAAAUUUUGUGUAGAAGCAUAGCCACAGUGGUCUUUUUCUGGUUCUUUUUCUUUCCCUGAGAUGUUAAUGUCCAGUAGAGCAAAGCUAGAGGGAUACACACACACACACACACACACAUAUAUAUGUAUACACACACAUAUAUAUGUCACUUUCUAUUAACAUUGUUUUUAGAAAAACCCUUUGUUCAACUGAAUGUAGUUAAAUUAUAAUGGACAUUAAUACCCAACACCACCCUCCCAGCCUCUUCGUGUUGCUGGUAUGACUUAGGCACCUAAAAUGUUUGGUUGCAAAUGAUAGGAAGAUGACUCAGACUAGCUUAAGAACAAGAAAAGGAGAAAUGGAGCUCAUCUAUUAGGGAGAUCCUGGAGUAGCUCACAGGCUGGAAGAAGAGCUGUAGGAACUGAGAACAAACCUGGGUCUCAAUGUAGUAAGAUUCCCUGUCCAUCAUCCACACCUACUGGUAUUUUUACAUCAAUACAUUUUCUCAGUGAGGAUAGACUUACUCCAAAAGGCAGGAAUAUAGCCACUAGCAGUCUGAGAGUCACAACUUUCCAGCUCAUUUGACCAAGCAGGCAAAAGACUUUACUCAUGAGAACAAUCCUGGAGAAAGACUAUGGUCAACUCAUAUUGAGUCAUGUGCCCAUAUCUGAGCUAAUCAUGUGGCCAGAGAUGUGGCAAGUCUGUUUAUGACCAGGAAGGUGAGACUGCGAUGGACUGGAUAGUGAGAUAGGAAGAUUUCUCCAAACAGAGAAGAGAGGUGUUAUUAACAGAAGAAGUGGGAAUAGCAAUGCUGGGUAGACAAAACACAUACACAACACCAACAGCUAUCUGCUACUGCAUCCAGAAAGAUUCUUUAUCUGCAGCCACAGAGCCCUGAACAACCAGCCUUUCUGGCUUCCUUUUGUUGCCAAUUCCCUCACACAUAUUAUUCCUACUCAAGGCUUCAGGGAGGCUGUUUUCACCACAGUUCAGUGACAAAUCCUACCAGAGCCUUCCACACAUCAGUGAAUAUCCUUGGUUAUACUUGUCUCAUUCUGAAUUUAGAAAGCCAUCUCUGUGUCAUUGCCUUCAUUAGAAUCUGUCAUCUCCCUGUAUUCUUCUGGUACCCUCAUUUCUUCUCUCCUACUUCCUGUUGUCUCCUAAUUAUUCACCUUCUACUUUUUUUGUUAGAGGUUCUAGACAGUUUCAAGAAAAAUACUUGAUGCUGGGCAAGGUGCUUCUGCCUUCCUCUGUAAGUUCCAUAGAACGGGACAUUUUGCUUCUCUGUUGCUAUGGACUGAGUGUUUGUGUCUUCCCCAAAUUUUUAUGUCAAAACCCUAAUCCCAAAUGUGAUGGUAUUUGGGUAUGAGGCCUUUGGGAGGUGAUUAAGUCAGGAGGGUGGAGCUCUUACGAUGGAAUUAGUGUCCUUAUAAGAAGAGACAGGAGAGAGAAUACUUCCUCUCUUUCUCUGCCAUGUGAGGAUACAGCAAGACAUCUGUCUGCAAACCAGGAAAAAGACCUUCACCACGAACUGAAUGUAUUGGUGCAUUGAGCUUGGACUUCCCAGAUUCUAGAACUGUGAGAAAUAAAUUUCUGAUGUUUAA